AUGGACACUGAAAGAACUCCAGAGGAAUUUGUUCGGAGCAUUGACCCUGGACUCCUUCCAUACAAGGAAGAAUUGUUUUGUCUUUCUGUUACCAGCAAAGAGACCCUUAAAUACCUUAGGCCGAGCGAAGUGCAGACAAUGAACAUUCCCGUCGUGUUUAAACGCAUGUUGAUUGAGCGCAUAUGUAACAUGCAGACUCCGGACACCAAGAAAAAAUUUAAAGCUGAAUCUGAAGGCCACGAGGUUGUUUCCACUGAAAAUAUAAUUGAUGUUGCAUCUACAAGUAAGUUCAAAAGGUAUCCUAAAAGAUUAUUCGGUGUUGAAGACGAAAACAGCAUCAAUGAUAGUAAGCCUGCUAACCAUGCCCAUGAUGUUUUCGCUGAAAAAUACGAAGAUCAGAAGCCGUUUCUCGAGAAGGAGAUGGAGAAAUUAAAAGACGAACGGGAUUCAUUAACAAUCUUGAUGUUACACAAAAAGAAUGAACUUGAAGAUAUGAGAAUGGUACCUGAACCAUUACAACCUAUGGCCAUACCUGGUGGAGUUAUUUUGAAAACAGUCUGUGACAAGUGUCAUCGCCGCGGACACAAGGCACAUGGAAAUCGCGGCAAUCAGGCGUGUCCAUUUGACAAGUGUGAGGGAUACAUUAAUUGCGGCAACUUAACAAAGCAUAAAGACUACAAACAGUCCAUUAUGGAGGAGUUAAUAGAGAUAGGUACUGAUAUGGGUCUUACGGGUGCGUCACUCGCGGAGUUUGUUCGUGAAGAGCAGGCGCGGGAACGUGAUCAGAGACAGCGAGAACGCGAGGAAGCGCGGGCUGAAGCAGAUCGAGCCCACGAACUUAUGAUUCUCAAGGAAAACAGGCAACUGGAAAUGGAACGCGAGGCGAGAGCGGUACAGGAACAUUUAAGGAAAUGCGAGUUAUUGAGUCUACAGGAAAAGCAGUUAGGUAAGGUAGAUUCAUCUAGUCAGUUGUCAUUGACCACGCGUGGACCGAAACUUCCUUCGUUUGAUGAGGAGAAAGAUAACAUGGAUUCACUAGAGGGAAUUCGGUUAGGAUACAUGCGAGCAAUCCAAGCUUUCCUUCAUAUGGCGAAGAAAACAACACCACAAUGA